AUGAUCUCUCCUGCUACUGCGUUGAUCGCCAACUUUGGACAACGGGAUUUUGUCUUCGCAAUUGCCCAGUACCUGGCUCAGGAGCGCUGCAUCUCUGUCACUCAGGCAAUAGAGGACAAACUUACCGCAGAUCUGGCCAAUGUGGAGAUGCAGAGUCUCGUCCUGGAUUACCUGCUGAGACAUGGCUAUCUUGCUACGGCCAGCGCCAUGGUCAGACCGUCGUUAGUCGCACCUCCUACAAGUACCACGGUUCCUUGGGCUGUCACAACCGCCGCGGCUGCUACUGCCACUCCUGUCCCCCCAUCGUCCAAGUCUCCAGUGUCGGAGUCCGAAAACGGAAUCCUUGCUAAAGACGGUGUCGAUUCAAACUCUUCUCCUUCUUCAAUUCAACCCGAUACUCCUUUGAAACGAGAAUCACUGGAGUCACCAAUGACGGAGGCAGAAGUUUCGCCUACUACAGAGGCUAUGCUGCCACCUUCACUUUCCAACGAGGUUCCAAAGGCAGCGUCUCCAAAAGAUGGAUGGGAGUGCGGCGGCAGCGAGCAAUGGCCUGAGACAUUAGAGGCGGCAAAUCAGCGGAUUCACUUGGCCGAAUUGAUUUCUCAAGGCCAAUACCUGCAGGCAAUUUCAAAAUUGGUCCAUGACUAUACCAGCCUGGUGGAGACAAUGCCUUCAAUUAUCUUCAUGCUACGAUGUCGUUAUUUCAUCGAAUUGCUUUUUACGAAUCAGCGUCCGACUGAAGAAGAUACCGCUCGAAGGACGACAACAGCGUCAAUGAUCACACCACCGAAGGCAACUUCUGCUCCACCUAAUUCGGACUCCAAAAAUUGGGGAAAAAUAGGUGCAGGCAUCACAUUUAAACGUCCUCAGCCCUCCAGCUCACCAGAACGUUCGCCCUGUAGCGGUAAGAGCUGUUUUCGCCAGUCUGCUGCUGUUCGUAGAAAGUGUGAAGAAACCAAUGGGAACACAAAUGGCAUUGUUGGGGAAGAUGAGGAUCUUCUUAUUGAAUGUAUUUGUCAGGAAAAUGGCAGUGUGGCGGUCCUACAGGCACCACGAUGUGUUCAGAACGGUAUCUCCGUAUUAACAAAGGAGAAGAAAAAAGCUACCAGAAGUCUUUUCAAGUGUUCCUCGUUGAAUUCGGUCGAGAAACCACUAGAACUCCUGACUCAUAAUGGAAUCACUCAGACAAGCUCCCACGACUCCUCUGACACCCCAUUUGAACCUUCCUCCCAUCCCAUACCGAUCGCCGAGACGAUGCCAGUGCAGGAGAGUCCCAUUUUUGCCUUAGAUCUCAACAGCAUCGUACAGUUGGGUCGAGAGCUCCGAGACAAGGCGCGAGAGCUGCAAGCAAAGAAUGCCCUCUCACCGACUCAGGCGGCCCUACUUCAGGACGCCUUCAGCUUGAUCGCCUAUGAAAAUCCCUAUGAGAGCCCAUUUGCUGAUUUGAUGCAUCCGAGACACAGGAAAAUCCUCGCAGAAUCCGUAAACAAUGCUAUUUUGGUAAAUUUGGGUAAGGCACGAUACCCCUUGUUGGAGAUAGGAAUCGGUAUGCUGGAGGAGACGGUAUUGGAUAGUCAAGAAGGUAAUCGGGUAUCCCUCAGUGUAGCUGAGGCAAAACUCCUUCGAAAGCAGCACAACCAGGCAAGCACCUCAUCUGCAGGGAGCACUCUAACCCCAUCCCACACGGUCUCCACCUCCAUCAAUCUUCCGUCGACGAUGGGUGUCUACACCACCGCAACUGCCACCACUGCCUCCUCUCCCUCGCCUCGUAUGGGCGGGAGUGGAAGCAGCGGUGGGCUGCAGCAGUAUCACCGAGGCCACCGACGGCACCACCAUCACCAUCACCGUUCGGCCACCUCCUCCCUCGUUGUUACCUCUACAACUACCACUACGGCGUCGCGUGCGCCUAAUCCGCUGUCCUUCCUUACUAAUCUUCCUCCACCCACUGCUGCCCUUCGUCAGCGCUCCUCCUCCUCGUCAGCGGGCCGCCGACUGCGCAACACAAUCGUGCAAAGCUCUCCUCGCGACGCUGGCGAGGAGGGGCUACAGGAGAUUGUCGUCAGCGGUGGUGGCGGAGUGGACUGGAACGAGGAAGUAGCAGAACGCGAAGAUGAGGCGGAGACAGCAGCAGUGGGAACAAGGACGGACGAGGUGGAGGAGGUCCAGUUGGUGUUCCAGGAGGGCGGAAGGAUCCGCGUGGAUCGAUACGUGCCUCCUCCGCCGCUGCCACCACCGCAAAGCGUAGACGUACGUGCCGGAGGUUCUGAGAUGGCAGGCUUCUUCCAUCCGGCAUUAUUUGUUCCCCCAUCUCCUCCAUCCUGA